AGAGAAAACCGAAGAAGCAUUGAAAGUACAAGCAAUGAGAAGCCAAGCGGAGACUGGCUGACUGACUUACUGUUUAGCUUGUUUCUUUGUUUUUGUCUAAAAAUCUUCUUCCUCUUCUUCUUCAGCUACAACAUCAUCAUCUCUGACUUUGUGUUGAUGAUGGAGAUGAAGACAGUGGCAGAAGAAUACUGACUUUGUGUGGGCGUGGUGGCUUCAAAUCUGUUGGAGAAUGUCUUAACUAGCUCUUGCAAAGGUUUCCAAAGUUGCCUGCUUUUCACCUCUUCCGUCUUUAAUUCCAUGAUAAUUAGAGAGUGAUUUCGCAGUAGUAAAUGCAUCACCAGGCAAAACAAUGCAUUACUUACCGAAAAUUGUUGAAGGAUUUAGAUCAAGAUAACUUAAAAUGCUCGUUUUUGUGUUUUGUUCUGGGGUACAUGUGCUGGACACUCUGUAACAGUAGAUGAGUUGCAGGAGUUUAUGAUAAGACGAAUUGUGCGUCUCUGAUUUUAUCUUGACAAGUUCAUGGUUGGGAAAAUGGUGGAGGGUCAAAAAUUUACUGGACUCAUAGGAGCAAGUAACAACAAUGGUAACAACUACUAUGGCUUUACACAAGGUUUUUAUCAAGAACUUGGUGAUGGUACAAACAUGUCCAUUGACAGUUUACAAACAAGCCAUGCCGGUGGGUCUGUCUCAAUGUCAGUGGAUAACAGUAGUGUCGGAUCCAAUGAUUCUUUAACCCAUAUGCUAAGCCAUCCAGGUUUAAAACCUGUCAACCACCAUAACUAUAGUGUAUCAGUAGGCCAGAGUGUGUUUCGUCCAGGGAAAGUCACCCAUGCCCUAAAUGAUGAUGCAUUAGCGCAAGCUUUGGUGGAUAAUCGGUAUCCAACAGAGGGACUGCAGCAUUAUGAUGAUUGGACAAUCGAUUUGAGAAAACUCAACAUGGGUACACCUUUUGCCCAAGGUGCUUUUGGAAAGUUAUACAGAGGCACGUAUAAUGGGGAGGAUGUUGCUAUUAAGAUAUUGGAGAGGCCUGGGAAUAGCCCGGAGAAAGCACAAGUGACGGAACAGCAGUUCCAGCAGGAAGUUAUGAUGCUUGCAAAUUUAAAGCACCCGAACAUUGUGCGGUUCAUUGGUGCCUGCCGGAAGCCCAUGGUUUGGUGUAUCGUAACAGAGUAUGCGAAAGGUGGGUCAGUUCGGCAGUUUUUGACCAGGAGGCACAAUCGGGCAGUACCGUUGAAAAUAGCAGUUCAGCAGGCUUUAGAUGUUGCGAGAGGAAUGGCAUAUGUUCAUGGACUUGGGUUUAUACACCGUGAUUUGAAGUCAGAUAACCUCUUAAUAGCAGCAGAUAAAACCAUAAAAAUUGCUGAUUUUGGUGUUGCACGGAUUGAGGUGCAGACUGAAGGGAUGACACCCGAAACCGGGACAUACCGUUGGAUGGCUCCAGAGAUGAUUCAGCAUAGGCCCUAUACACAAAAGGUGGAUGUGUACAGCUUUGGAAUUGUUCUUUGGGAGCUCAUAACAGGCUCGCUUCCCUUCCAGAACAUGACUGCUGUUCAGGCUGCCUUUGCUGUGGUGAACAAAGGAGUAAGACCGAUAAUCCCAUAUGAUUGUCUGCCUGUUCUGAGUUACAUCAUGACCCGCUGCUGGGAUGCCAACCCUGAAAUUCGCCCCCCUUUCACAGAUGUUGUCAGGAUGCUUGAGAAUGCCGAAACCCAGAUAUUGACCAAUGUGCGCAAGGCACGCUUCAGGUGCUGCAUAGCUCAACCCAUGACAGUUGAAUGAUCCACCAGAAUAUAAGACUGAAAAACAGACGUUUAAGAUGAUACAAAUGAAAAUUGUAUUAUUAAACCUAAGCUGUAUGAACUGAAGCUAUGUCAUGUAUCAGUUUUCUUUCCCCCUUUUCCACCGCAAAGUAGGAAGAUGUUAACCGUUUAGAAUGCUGCUUUUUUUUUUACCCUUGUUGGUGGCAGUUGUACUGAUGUAUCUUUAUCGAAGGUCGUAGUGGUGGGGGAGCAUUGAUGUAUCUUCCCCACAGUAGCUAUAUAUGGAGACCUGUCGUUUGUAUUGUCUUGCUUGUCAUAUAACAAACGAACUCAGGUUCUCCGUCA